AGCAAGUGUAAAUAAUGUAAGGCAAAUGCAAUAUUGUAAAAGCAACAAGCUGCGGGCCACAAAAUCCCAAGUGUACUCUAUUUAAGCUCGAAAACCGUGAUACCCCUCAAUGGCAGAAUGACAUAGUGAGUGGUAAAAGAACUACGAAAAAAACCAAGGCGAAAAACCACGUCCAAUGACAAAUGUGACAACGGAAACACAUCAGCCGCCCUGAGGAAGAAGAGGAACGUCUCCAAAGGUCAACCCAGCACCCUGCACCCGGCCCCGCCCCCUCUUCAGUUUGUUAUUAUUUUUUUUUCGUUAGUUUCCCUUCGUUCGCGAACGUGUUUCCUUUGGGCGUGCAAUACUUUUUACCAAAAGUCUUGCCACGGUCCAAAAUCGCGAAGCACGUCGAACGAGUACGGCCGUAAAAAUUCCCAAGUCCGUGGGCACCAAGCUGCAGCGUCUCAAGGCCAAGGCGGCUGCGAGUCAACACUACGGCAGCAGCAGUUAUCGCAAGUCCGGGGGCAGCAACAGGAGCAGCGAGGGCGGUGAGAAGAGUUUCGGGACACAAGGCGGGUACGAUUAUCAACGCGGUGGCGCUGCCGAGGAGCGUAACUUUGCUGCGACGACGGCGCUGGCGGACGUGGCCGAGAAGUCAUAUCAAUAUAGCAGCAGCAUCACCAGCAGCGGCAACCAUAACAACAACAAUUAUCAAAAGUCAAACCACACCAGUGCCAAUUACAACCACAACAACAACAACUAUAACCACCCAAAAAGCGCCACCAACCUGCCUUAUCAGCCUCAUCAGCCUCAGAGCAACCACAACAUCAUCAACAAUAACAACAACAACAACAGUACGAUGAAGAUGACCAAACAGAAGAAUUCGCUGGCGGAGCGCCUCAACAUCGGCGACGAGGUCCGUGAACUAAAGCUGGGCUCCACCUUCAGGAACAACUCAACAUCCUUCCAUACCAUCAAAUAUGACUUCAAGCCAGCGAGUGUGGAUACCAGCCGCAUGGCAUCUGUGGACGUUGGAUCCAACAAUCAAGUUACUGUUAUCGUGCCAAAUUCUGAAAGUUCCGGUGUGCCUCAUACAGUUUAUAAGGGUAAUCAGAGAGAGUAUGCCAAGGAGUGCUUGAUGAUCUACGACAAGGAGACAGGUGCUAUCACAAUAGAGAAGCUGAAUCACAACAUACAAGUGAAGAAGACAAGGAGCGAGGUUACAAAUAAGCCAGUUCUUCUGCCAGUUCAGAAUGCGAGCAUGAAUGCGGCCCAGGGCCAGGGUCUAAAUCAGGCCCAGGCUCAGGGCACCAACGGUGCUGGAAUGGCCCCGAUUAUGUCAGCUUCUGGGCAUGGAUCUGGGUCGGCUAGUAAAUUGGAGAACAGUACCAUGCGGAUCACAUCAAAGACAAAGGUUUCAACAGGCAGUCGCAGGAAUAAUAUAAUUGACUUCAAGCCGCGCAAUUCGCCCAUGCAGCAGAGCUCACCAUCGCGUCCAGUGGCCAUCCAUCGCAGCCCACAAUCCGCUCCAGCUUGGGAUGCAAAUAAUGCACAGCAGACAUUGCCCAGCAUCCCCAUGAUCACGGAUGAUGAUGACUUUGGGUUGAGGGCCGCCCUCCAUAACGGUGGACAGGCAAAUACAUCAGGCUCAUCGACUGGGUCUGUGGGUGGUCAACCAGAGUACGGAUCCAUGACGUCCAAGCAGCGACAGGCCCCUCAGCAUAGCCAAGCCAAGCGUCAGCAGAUGCAUCAGCGCUCCAGUCCGCCAAUGGCCCAGCAGCAGCACCAGCAGCCGUCCAGCUACGGUCGCGGGUACAAUAACAGCAACAACCAAUACGCACAAAAUCAGCAGCAGCAGCCACAUCAACAGCAGCACAUGCAGCAGCAACGCCAUUCUCCACAGCAGCAGCUACAACACCAUCAGCAGCAGCAGCGUGCUCCGGCCUUUGGCCAUGGCAACAGCAUGCCAAUGGACUUCGACUCAGCCAGAGAGCAUGAUAUGACCUCGCAAUCAGUGGCGCAAGCGGCUGCUGCUCUGGAACAGCAAAUUGGAGGCGCAUUGAGUGCUUCCAGCUCGAGCUCUGAAUCGGACUCUAGCGAUAGUGACAGCGGCAGUGACUCCGAUGACAGCACCGAUGAUGAUCGCCCAAUGGAAAGUCAGCAGCAACAGCAGCAAGGUAUGCAACAUCAUCAGCCUCAGCAGCAGUCUCAGCAGCACCUAAACCAGCUGCCAAACCUAGGCCUAGGUUCCAUAUCACCAUCCUACAGCAAUAGUCAUCAGCAGCAGCAGCAGCUGUCGCAUCAUCAUAGGCAGCAAAUGCAGCAACAACAACAACAACAGCAGCAGCAGAAGCAACAGUCCGGCAUUUAUGCAUCCAACGGUGGUUUUCCAAACGACUUGCUGCAAAACGAUCUGCAAUUGUCCUCAAACUCGUCGGAAGAUGAGGACGAUUAGGCGGGCGUGUUUUUGAUAUAAUUUAAUAAUUUCACAAAUCUAAACGGUAACAACAAUUAUUGAUAUUCUGUCUAUAUGCGUGUAAUUAAGUUGUAAUUAUUGAGGGGUGAAUUUACUUGCUAGUGAAAUUUUUAUAAAUAAAUUCUUAGUUGUACGACACGAUAUACCCGAGCAUACAUUAAUUAAUUUUAAACCUUCCAAAUGUGCAGGAGAACAUUGAAUAUAAAAAAAAUCAACCUAAUUUCUGCCAAUACAUAUUACAAUGUAAACUAAUAUUAAAUACAAAUUCAAAGGUUAUGUGAAACUUGUUGAAAGUCCUAAAGGAGAUCGCACGCAAAUACAUACUUAUAGAUCAACAUUAAAUUAAA